GUUUGAGAGUAAAGCGAUCAUGGGCUCUUCUUCUAGAAAUCUCUAUGCAGGAAUUGGAGAAGGUCAAUCAACCUCUAGGCCACCACUCUUUGAUGGCACCAACUAAUCUUAUUGGAAGGAACGGAUGAGAAUCUAUAUUCGUUCCACCAACUUCCAAUUGUGGUUGGUGAUCAAAAAUGGCGAAGAAAUCCCUAUGAAGAAAGUGGGAGAAACCACGGUCCCAAGGACCGAAAACGAAUUUGAUGCCGAGGACAUCAAGAAGAUCGAAAACUAUGCAAAGGCCAUCAACAUGCUAUAUUGCGCGGUCAACCCCGAUGACUACCGAAAGAUCUCCUGUUGCACAACCGCCAAGGAGAUGUGGGACAAGCUUGAAGUGAUGUACAAAGGUACCGAUCAAGUUCGCGAAGCCAAGAUCGACUUCCUCACCCAAGAGUACGAAAUGUUCCGGAUGAAAGAAGGUGAGAAAAUUGAUGACAUGUUCGACCGGUUCUCAAAGAUCAUCAACGAUCUUCAUGCUCUCAAAAAGAGCUACACCAACAAGGAUCUUGUGAGGAAAAUCUUGCAGAGUCUCACACCCGAAUGGAGGUCAAAAGCUGAUGCAAUCUACGAAUCCAUCGGAGUCUCCAACGUCACCAUCGACGGGCUAAGAGGUAAUCUUACCUAUGAAUCUACUAUUCUAACCCUGUCUUUGGAUGAACAAAAGAAAAAGGGGAUAGCUCUCAAAGCCACCAAGGAACCGGUGGAAGAGGCUUCAAGCGAUGACGACAAUGAAUUCGGGCUCGUCAUCAAAAAGUUCCACAAGUUCAUGAAGAAGGAAUUUGAGCGAAAGGGAAGGAAGCACGACGGUCCUCCCAAAUGCUACGGCUGUGGCGAGAUUGGCCACAUCAAGCCAAGGUGUCCAAAGGCCAAACACGGCAAGGACAAGCCUGGCUUCAAGAAGCAAAGGGCCUACAUCUCUUGGGGUGGCGAUUCCGGCGACGAAUCAACCGACCAAGAGGAGGACGAAGCUGCAAAUCUCUGCCUCAUGGCACACGAAGAUCAAAGCGACGACGUCCAAGAGGGAAAAUUUGAUGCCAAGUCGGACGAAGGGAUUUUUCUUGGCUAUUCUCUUCGCAGCAAGGCCUAUCGAGUAUUUAAUAAACGUACUUUGACUAUUGAGGAGUCCCCUCAUAUUGUAUUUUCCGAAGAUAAUGCUCGCUUGGUGAGAAAGGCUAUUUGUGAUGAUCUUGCAGAUUCACUAGAGAGAGUACACCUUGAAGACGAUGAAGAAGACACACCAUUAUACACCAACCCGCAACCACAACCUGAGGAAACAAGAGGAAACCCAGGAACAAGAGGAGACCGAAGCUAAAGGCUGGAAAAAAAGAGCUAGAUGUUGAAAGAAAUUGGCAGGAACGGAAAGAAACUGGAAGAAUUGAAAGAAACUAGAAGAAAUUGG